AUGAAGAGGGCUUGGACGGCUUGCAAGGCCGAGGAGAUCAAAGGGUACGCGGAUCGCAACCAAUGGAAGAUCUUCUUUGCCGCGAUCAAGACUGUCUGCCGUCCCACAGCGAAAGGCACCGCUACUCCUCUCAGCGCCGACGGUAGUACGCUAAUCAACGAGAAGACACAAAUUAUACAGCGAAGGGCCGAGCGCUUUAUAGGUGUCCUCAAUCGUCCCUCCACCAUCUCCGAUGCCGUCAUCGCCCGUCUGCCUCAAGUGGAGACCAACUCCGACCUCAAACUCGCGCCCUCUAUACACGAAACCACCAGGGCCGUGAAACAGCCCUCCAGCGGCAAAGCUCCGGAUCAGACGCGGUCCUUGCCGAAAUGUACAAACACGGUGGCCCCCAACUCAUGGCUCAUCUGA